AAACUCCUUCCAAACGGACAUUUAAGUGAGAAUAGUACUAGAGUAGUGGUGUUCGUAAACGCAGGGGAAUCGAGUGCGUGAGGGUUUGCAGUGUGCAGUGUGCAGUGUGCAGUGCACUUGGAUGCAUCAAUAACCCCCGAUUCAAUUUGGGACCAAGAUCCUGGUUCGCGAUGAAGAGGUCAUUUCCAUGGGAAAAUCAAAUUGAUGUCUCUUCUUCUUCUUCUUCUCCAAACUCCCUUCGUCCCAACCCCCUAACUAUCCCUAACUCCCCCAUAGAUACCAAGUCCCAAGAUGCACUCAUCAGGCGGGCAGAAAUGUAUCAGGAUUACAUGAAGCAGAUCCCAAUCCCAAAUCAUCGAGGCACUAUGAUCCCAUUUACCUCAUGGAUGGGAUUAGGCAGAUCCAUGAAGCAGAUAUACGGACAGCCUCUGCAUUACCUCACCAAUAUUCUCCUCAAGCAAUGGGAUCAGUUGAGAAUUGGCAGUGAGGAUGAAUACAAGCCCUUGGACAACAUAGUUCAUCCACACAAAGCUGAGGCCACCAUCUGGCUCAUUGAAGAAAUCCAUCGGCAAACAUCAUCGCAUUUUCAUCUUGCUAGUCUGUGGAAGGUGGACCCAAUGUACAAUGGUUUUGUUGAUUCCAUUUUCCCAACAUUAGAGCAUACAUCAUGAAAAUGAAGCCAUUUAGUUUUGAGGCUUUGUGCUGUAUCCUGCAAAUAGUUUCGGUUAUGUUGUCCUUUUCGUAAAGCAAAAAUGGAACGACUUCCUUGAUACUUCCCUUACUUUUUUCCUGGUUUUGGCUAUUUUCCGCUUUAUACAUGGCUGCAUCUCAGUAUGUCUACUCAUCUCCUGGAGGCCAGGACUCGUGAUAUUUAAGUCACCGCAAACCCUCGUUUACACAUUUUUCAAUAGCGUUUAACAAAGGAAAUCCAUACUUCCUUG